AUGGACGCCGCACCGCGGCCUCCAGCUACAGGCAAGAGGAAGCAGAGUAGCCUCCUGGCGUUCUUCCCGGCUGCCUCUACCGCACCUUCCCCCUCUGCCGCAGCGCCAAAGAAGAGCAAAACGACCCGCGAGCCUGCACUCAGAUUUGUGAGGGAGCACGGGUGGAAGAAGGUCAAGCAGGAGACGAGCUCAGAAGUGGACGGGUGCGUAGUGUACGAGGAUGGUGAGGGCGGCCGACUGCGCUACUGGCCCGCCUUCCUGCCCAACGACGAGGCCACGCGGCUCUACGACCACCUCCGAACCUCCACCGCGUGGAGCCAAGGCCAUGGCCGCACCGCCACCUCAUCGCCCACCGCCUCGGCCACCGCCUCGCCUACCACAGCUGAGUCACCAGGCCCGUCCUACGUGAACGCACAGGGUGCCAGGGUCAGCACGCCACGCAUGCAGAAGCACUACGGCCGGGGCAUAGCCGGCGGGUCCAAGUUCCGGUGCGGCUAUCGCGAGUGGCCGGCCGACGUGUGGGCGCUCAAGGCGCGUGUCGAGACCGCCGCCGACCGGUCGUUCAACUUCGUCCUCCUCAACUUCUACCGCGACCAAGACGACUACAUGUCCCCGCACACCGACGCCGGCCAGUUUCUGGGCUCCAAUCCUGCGAUAGGGUCGCUGUCGCUGGGCGCGGCGCGGCGCUUUGUGCUGCACUACGCCGAUCGCACGGCGAAGCCCGCGGUGCCGCGAUUCGAGCUGCCGCUCGCGCACGGUAGCCUGCUGGUCAUGGCGGGCUCCACCCAGCACCGGUGGCUCCACAGCGUGCCCAAGCAGCGAGCCCUCGCCGCCGGCCGCAUCAACCUCACCUUCCGCUUCGUUCUGGACGCCUUUGGCGACGAUGAUCGUGGAAUUGCGUCACAGUGA